AUGGACCACUCCACAAGUGAUGACGCAACUUCCUUAUCAAAAACAAGUUUAUCUGAAGAUGUUGGAUGUGAUGAUUCCUUUGCUGACUCCAGAAGAUCCCUGACCACCUCUGAUUUGAUGGAACUAAAACGGUCCACUAAGAACAAUGCUCGCGUCCAAGGGCCAAGACAAAGCAAGCUGCGGUAUGGUUCGAUUGAAUUUGUUGGACGAGAGGUAGAAUCUGAGAUACUUCACUCGCGACUUCGACGGGUAGUAACCAAUUCCAAUGGCCAAGAUCCACAGCAGGGGUUCAAGGAAUUUGUCGUGAUCAAGGGUGAUGGCGGAGUGGGCAAGUCCGCGCUUUCGCAGAGGUUACAGGGUUGGACCAAUGAGCUUGACAAUGCGAUCUUCGUCAAAGGGAAAUUCGGGCUUGCAACAAAUACUCCAUACUCUGGAAUUGCACAAGCCUUUGGAAAAGUCUGCCAGGAAGCCCAUUUGAAGAAAUUAAAAGACGGAAGUUCGAGUGUUGGAAAUCUGCUGAUAUCAGAGUUAGGUUCCGAAGUACACCUGUUAGUCACAUUAAUACCCGAGCUACAGAUAAUUCUACCCGAAGAAGAAAGAGGCAGAGUCCCACUGCAUGAUGAAAAUGGCUUUGAGGCUGGAAUGGAACAAUGGAAACAUAUAUUUCGAGUACUCGUUCGGGUGCUUGGAUCAUUCUUGUCGCCCAUGGUGAUUGUCUUGGACGACCUUCAAUGGGCUGAUGUUGCCUCUCUUUCGGUGAUUGACUUUCUUCUCACUGAUACUCAAAAUAUCAACGGGAUUAUGAUUGUUGGAUGCUUCCGAUCCGACGAAGUCGACGAUUCACAUGUCCUUUCCAAAGCAAUUUCUAUUCUUGCUGAAAAGACAGAGAAAGGAAUAUUCAAGCUCACUACAAUAGACUUGGGGAAUAUUUCUAUUGGGGAUACCAACAAAAUAAUAAUGGCAAUGCUGGAUAUGGGCGAUGAAGCAAAGACAGAGCCGCUAGCCAAAGUCUGCUUCAAACGAACACUGGGGAAUCCCUUUUUCUUGAUUGAAUUUCUCACAAUGCUUGAAGCCGAGGGAUUGAUCACGUUUUCCCUUGGAAAAUGGGAUUGGACGGUGCAGACAGUGGAUGAGUCUACGAAGUCAACCAACAGCGUUGUAGAUUUGAUACAAGAUCGCAUGAAGAAGUUACCUGAGGACAUGCAGCUACUGCUGCAAUAUGCAGCGAAUCUAGGGUCAUCUUUCACUCAUACGUUGAUGGAACUGAUUUGGUCAUCUCAUUCCAGCAAUACUGCUGCCAACAAAGAAAGCUGUGACCUACAAAGUAUGUACGGCGAAUUGGAAAGCGGAAAAUACAUUGAGGGUUCUCAAAAUGAUAGAUUCCAUUGGGUCCAUGACAAGGUGCAAGAGGCAGUGCUGACACUGGGAGAGGCCAGUAGUCCCGCGUUUCAGUUUGAAAUUGGGUUCAUUCUGUAUGGGCGCUUGGGGAGCAAUGAGCUCGAGGAAUCACUAUUUGAUGUCGUGAAUCUCAUCAAUAAAGGCCAGAUAGGCAAUCCCCAGCGCCGUAUAGAGUUUUGUAAACUGAACUUGAGAGCAGUUCAAAAGGCCCGCAAUCUUUCGGCGUUUGAUUCCGCUUCCGGAUUCGUCGCAAGUGGCAUAAAGUUGUUGCCACCUGACAAGUGGUCGUCGACGCAUCGGGAACUGACACUCCCACUGCUCACAAUUGGUGCCGAGAUGGCGCUUGCGUCUGGUAGUGUCAAUCGAAUGGACCUUUAUGCCGAUGAAGUUCUGUUCCGAGAAGACUGCACGACUGUGGAAAAGCUGCCACUUUACCUAACAAUGACGUACAAGCAGGCCACUAUAGAUCUUAAGUACGACAGAGCACUGGAGCUGAGUCUUGCGGUCUUGAAGGAUCUUGGCUGUCCAAUUGUGAGAAAUGAAGCGUUGGUGGCAGUCCAGGCCUUGAGGGCUCUGAUGAGAAUCGUUCGAACAGCUCGAAGGGAAAAAAUAGACUAUGCUCGUAGCUUGCCAUUGAUGACAGACGAAGUACAAAAAUCCACAAUGACCUUUCUCAAUCGAAGUCUCUAUGCUGCCUACAUGAUGCAAAAGAUAUCAUUAGCAAUGGCGUUGGUGACGCGAAUGUAUGACAUCACUUUGGAACAUGGAAUCAGUCCAGAAACGGGACCAGCUUUUGGGACUCUGAGUAUGGUAGUUGUCACUGCACUCAAAGACUAUGAUACUGCUGCCUUUUUUGCGGAAGCUGGAAUCAAGACACAGCAACGGACUGGUUCCAAGUACAAUGAAGCAUCGACAUUAUAUACUGCAGCGUUUGCAGCCAAAAGUUGGCGCCAGCCAUUGCAAGAUUGCUCCGAUUUGAUGCUCGAAGCUUAUUGUGUUGGGAUGAGAAGUGGAAAUACGGUGUAUGCAAUGUCGGGGUUAUGCAAGCAUCAGAUCGAAUUUCCAUUCCUACUAGGCAAGCCACUCGGUCCUAUUCUUACAGCCGGCUCCCAAAGUAUCCACCUCAUGGAAGAAGUCAAGCAAGAAGAACAGGUAAUCUCAAGCCAGCUCUUCUGCCAAACGAUUGCCAAUCUCAUGGGCAAAUCAAACCAAACGACUCUGUUGCAAGGUGAGUGGUUCAACACGGUGGGAUGGACACCACCGUCGCAGCUGGAAGGGGACCUUAACUUCCAUCGACUGGCUCUGUUGGUCUACUUUGGUGAUUUUGAAGCGGCAGCCGAACUAGCGCUUAGCAACGGCGAUAGCUUUGAGAAGAAGGCGUCCGGUUGUUUCAUGGUACCACCGGAAGCCUUUUUACAUGGCGUUGCUCUGUACGCAAUGACUCGGCAAAGUCGGAAAUUUCGGUACCGGAGAGCAGCCCAUCAAAUUCUAGUCAAGUUUGAAAACUGGACGAAGGCUGGCAAUCCAAAUGUGCAGUCUUACCAGCUCUUGCUAAAGGCAGAGCAAGCAGCCUUCCGAAAGAAUCACAAGGAUGCCGAGUCUUUGUACGAAGAAGCAGUUGCCGUUUCUGCACUGGCAGGACAGUCGCAAACUGCUGGCUUGGUCAGUGAACGAUAUGCCGACUUUUUGAUGACAGAAAAGAAAGACUUGGUCCUAUGUCGGCAUCAAAAGGAACAAGCCAUUGGUUUCUACACUGACUGGGGUGCCGAUGCCUUGGUGAAACGAAUUGAAGACAGCAUGACUGCUGGUAAGCAGAUUCGUAUAUAG